AUGGCUGAUCGGGUCUAUGGGUUGGGCUUUAAUAGGUAUGGAGUGUUGGGUUUGGGACACAACCGACCCAUACAUACACCCGAAGAAGCACUGGAAUUAAAAACCAAUUGUGAAUUUAAUAACAUUGAAACGUAUAAAGAGGUGAAAUUGUUAGGAUCGGGUGGUUUUGGAGAUGUGUUUGAAAUGAAGGCUAAAUACAAUGGAAACACAUUUGCAAUUAAAAAAUGUCAAUUAAACGAAAAGUAUAAACAAAAUGUUUUGAAGGAAACGCAACAAUUGGUAAAAUUGCGCUCAGAAUAUGUGAUUCAAUACUAUUAUUCAUGGAUUGAUAACAAUGACAAUUGUCUGUAUAUUGUUAUGGAGUGUUUGGCCGGAAAUUUAACACAACUUUUAGAAAAUAAGAAACAAAUAUUUAAGGAAAUAAAGAAACAAACAAUGAUUUCUGAUUUUGAAUAUUAUAUAUCAUAUGAAAUAUUCAAACAAUUGGUGGAAAGUGUGGAGUAUUUGCAUAAAAAUAAUAUCAUUCACAGAGACUUAAAACCAGAUAAUGUGUUGAUUGCCAACAAUUAUAGUUACAUUAAAACUAAUUAUAGAUAUAUAAAGUUAUGUGACUUCGGUUUAUCUAAAUCCGUGGAUGUAUUGAGUGAUCGAUACAAUAGAAGUAUUUCUAAACACACCAAAGAUGUCGGAAAUGUUAAUUAUAUGGCACCCGAAGGACAGACCACUGAAUACAACCAUUUAAUAGAUGUCUAUAGUCUGGCACUCAUUGGAGCGAAAAUAUUUGGUUUCCAUUCCGACGAUAUCAGAGACGGAGUUAUAUAUACAGAUCCGGAGGCCGACAAACCGUGGAAACGAAGGCCCGAAUGUGAAAAAUCACCGCAUUUGCUAAAUCAUAUGAAUUACAAUUCUCUCGAGAUAUUGAACAAGACAAUCUAUUAA